AUGCGCAUAAAUAGUAUAUCUCCAUAUUGGAGUUACUUAAUAGAAUUCAGCUUCAGAACGAGCCAGAAAAAUAAAAAGAAUAUGGCAUCUUCACCGAAGGCCUCUAAGCCUAGGGAUCUACAAGAGAGUAUUGCUAAGAUCGAAAACCAAAUUGCUAUGCAUGGUCCAGGCCCACAUACUGGAAAACAGAAGGAAGACUUGAAUACACUUAACAUUCUCUUACAGAAAGCCAAGCAACAGGCAGCGAUGAUGUCAGCAGGAUCAAGUUCAUCCCGUGGGGGUCAAGCAUAUUCAGGUCCACCAAGUGCCAGUGGGGUGUUAGAUAAGAGACGCAUACAAGAGCUUGUCAAAGAGGUUGAUCCUAUGGAACAGUUAGAUGAUGAUGUUGAAGAAAUGUUGCUUCAUAUUGCCGAUGACUUCAUUGAUAGUAUAGUAGGAUCUGCCUGCCAGGCUGCGAAACAUAGGAAAUCACAGACCUUAGAAGCAAAAGAUGUACAACUUCAACUAGAACACCAAUGGAACAUGUGGGUGCCUGGCUUUGGUUCCGAUGAACUGAGACCUUACAAGAAGGCUGCUACAACAGAGGCACAUAAACAGAGAAUGGCAUUAAUACGUAAAACACUGAAAAAGUAUUGAAGACAUCUACAUGUCAAAGACAAUAUAACUCAGGAUUCCGACGAAAAUGUUGUUUGAUUCAGAAAUAUGGAGCUUCCCUAUAAUGAAUGACUUAGAGUUGUUGUAUCAUAACACACAGAUCAAGAGGAGUCAUUCAAGACAAGAGUCUGCAUAAAAUGAUAGAACAGUAUAACUGAAGCAACAAACUGUUAGUACACAUCCAAUAUAAUUCGGCGCCGUUUCGGCAUCAAAAAAAUUUGGCGCUGUUCCGGCACCGUUCCGGCACUGACACAUUUUAACACUAAAAUUUGUCAGUCAGUCCAUUUGAUGCCGAGAC